CCGGCAAGACGAUUAUGCCCACGCGCUAGCUAUGCCGUUCACCGAUUUCCAACGGAUUCGGUGGAUGUGCCUUGCGUUGUGUACACGAAUACGACGCACGGCUGUCGCGCCGCAGAUCUCGAUUGCACCAGGACUUCUGAACCGUACAAGGGCCUCCGCGCGUGACAAAACUGAACCCAUGGGCGCUGUCGCCCACGCGUAUUGGCUCACUUUAGCUCCAGUGAGGGGACUCGUGGCGGGACGACUGUGAAGAUCGGGGCACGGGGUAUUUAUGGCUAUGGCUGCGCGCGAUCCUAGUCCGACGCUCGAGGGCGUAUAUCUGCGAAACGGGGAAGAGGCAACUCUUGUCCUUCAUGCGACACAGGUUGCCGGCUUGCACAUGGUUAGGCAUCGGCUGGACCAGCGUGGUCGAGAUGGUAUCAAGCCCGGCAACGUCUACGUUUGGGAAGAACAAAAUCAGCGGGGUCUGAGCGAGACAUGCCUGGAACGCUGGACGGACGGCAUGCGUUGGGGCCCCUCUCGUGGUGGCGCUGAUGGCUUCCUCAAGUACAACCAAAAGUUCGAAGAGGGGGAAAGCGGGCCGCCUCUCAUCAAGCGCACAUACUCCGCCCUCAUGCGUGUAGGCGGCGUGGAAGCACCGCGCAAGUGCUAUAUUGUCGCGUACUCCUCGACCUGCGCCCAAAUCGACGCCCGGUUAUUGGGCGUCGAAGCUCUCGCCUGUCUCCCACGACAGGUACCGCCCGGAUGGUAUCAACCGUGGCGGGCUCCCCGACGGCGCGGGAAGAAAACCCCGCAGCCGAAGGCCAAAGACAUCAGUCUGUCUGCGUCCCCUGUCGCGCCACUAGCCUCGACGAGCGGGCCGCGCGACGUCCAUCUCAGCCUGCGUUCUGCGGCAUACCCUCGUCAUGCAUACGCAACCGCCCACUAUGCUCAAGCGCCGGAACGACGACCCUAUCGAGCGACCUCAGCAUCUAGCUCAUCCGAGGCGUCGGCGGCGUCUGUCGCUCCCCCUCCUGAUACGUCAGCCUUGCCCAUGUACACCAACGUAGCGCCGCCCGUCGCGGCACCACAGCCCGUACACCCUGGUCCUCGAGCCUUCCCACUAAUCGGCGACCAAGAUAGGGCGCUGUUACCGAGAAGUGGCGACGCGGCGCUGGCGGACGAGGGCGAGGGGAUGUCCACGGCGUGCACGGGCGGCGCGACGAGCCAGAGCCUCGAGCACUUCACAGACUCCUCGCGCAGCUCUUGUUAUGGACAACAUCCCACCUGGGGUACCCCAUACCAGAACGCGGCAGGCUGGCCACAGCACGCGUACGAUCUGGAGCCCUACGGUGCGCAACAGGGCCGUUCUCAGAUGCACAGCUACGGCCUCGCAGCGAUGCAGGCAAGUCUCGAUAUGCCCGAGGCUCCUUUCUGUGCACCCCAGGCCGACCACCGCGAUCAUCUCGGCGUCGCGCCGGCCUAUAGGACAACUCCUGCACGAUACACCCCAUACGGCGCCCCGGAAGAGUACCCACACCCAUCUUCUCUGCCGAACGCUGAAUAUUACCCGUGGAAGAUCGACACCCCUGGACAUUGCUGCUCAUGGCCAGCAGAAGCGGCGUACGCAGACCAUCCAAAUCAUUACCCCUACACCGCCGAUGGAUACGAUGAAUGGAAGUCAACGCACUACCCCGGGGAAUCUCACUUUGCGUUUACUGGCUCCGCAUCCGACUAUACACAUAUCACUACGAACUAGCUAGCCUUGGCCAGAAUCUGAGUUCCCUCAUCCACUCGCUUGUAUAUCGUAGGGCACAGACGGACAGCAACGGACAGCUGACGUCGCUUAGUUGCACUAAUUUCUUGAGGCUACUGAGCCAAUACAUACCAUAGCUCACCCUAUUAUCUUAUUUC